GGCAGCAAACAAUUUAGCACAAUCAGUGAAAGAACUCGCCUGAAACUCUUGUAAAAUCUAUCGUUCCUGUCUUUAUAACUAACAUCAUGGGUGUUGAAGCAUGGUAUAUGGAUGAUAAUACUGAUGUUGAUCAGCGUGAAGAACACCAUCGCAGUCCACCAGAACACGUGAGCGAGGAAGAAAUCGCCAAACAUGGCAUUCUGUUCUGGACGGUAAAUCCAGAUGACUAUCGGAAUGAUGCAACAUACAACAAGGUCAGGAAGGAUCGUGGCUAUUCCUAUGAAGAUGAGAUCACCAUCACAAAAGAGGGGCUUCCCAAUUACGAGGAAAAGAUCAAGAGUUUCUUUGAAGAGCAUCUUCAUCUGGAUGAAGAAAUUCGAUUUUGCCUCGAUGGGAGCGGGUACUUUGACUUUCGAGACUUCAAGGAACGCUGGGUCCGCAUGAAGUUCACCAAGGGAACAUUCUUUGUUCUUCCAGCUGGCAUCUACCAUCGCUUCACCUUGGACACCAAUAAUUACGUGAAGGCGAAGCGUUUGUUCGUUGGUGAACCUGUUUGGACGCCUUACAACCGCCCGGCAGAUGAUAAAGCCCAGAGAGCUGCGUACCUGGAAUCCAUCAAGGGCCUCGCUGAAGAUUAGUUCUUUGAACGCGUACUCCUCGCUUUGAUCAUGAAAUUAACAAGGGUGUAAUAAUUGCAGGGUAAUAUUUGGUAAUUGUGUACUAAUUUUCACUUUUGUAUGACUUAUAUCAAGAAAUUUACUCUUCUUAAAGAUAAAUACAUACCAGUUGUGGUAACGAUCUCAAAAUGAGUUUGAACAGAAUCCAAUGAAAUUACCACCAAAGUGUUUGUAUGUAUAAAUAAAAGAUAUGUGCCAAGUAGCUCUGGAAGAAAAUGUGUAAUUGCUGAGAAAUGAGCAAAAUAAGCACGGAAUUCCAUCAAAUAUCAGGUAUUUUUCAAAGCAAUAUUAAUACACUAUCUCACAUAUGCUUUUCUGUGUUAGUGAUCACCAGAAUUAUCGAUUUUGAGCUAAGAUUUCAUGAUUUUACAAAGAUAAGUUUACAUUAAUGUACCAGAUCUAGAUGUAUGAUAAUGACAAUCUUAAUUAAAAAGACUUUUCUCAUGAAAUAAUUGUUUGCUGCAGCUACUGUGUUUUACCUUUAAGCUGGUGAAUUGAUGUUUGAAAUUAUUCCUUGUCAUUAAACUACAUAUAGUCUUUUACUUUAUCUACCUGUUCUAGAUAUUAAAGGGGUGAAUUGAAUAUCUUGAAUAUUUCAGAAUAUUAAAAGAAGAAAAGUUGCUUUUGCUUUGGACUGAAGGGGGCAUAUACAGAAUCUCUGCUGAACUUUUUAGAUGAAAAAUCGAAGUUAUAAAUUAUAUAAAAGGCAAAUUAGGCGUGAAUAAAAGUUUACCUUACGUGCCUGAAAGCACCCAGCAGGUAGGCCCCAUGGGUGACCAAACACAUCAGCAUAUGAGAUACAGAGUCCAUGCCUGCUUGAAGAAUUCUUAAAUGCUAUAAUGGCAACCUUAUUGUGACAUCGUGGAAUUUGUGAUGAGUACAGUAUGUACUGAGCACUUGGUUUAUAAUUAUAAACUGGUACGUCAAAAUAUCAACACAUCUCACCAAUUCUCCAAAAGUUACAUUGGUUGCCAAUCCGGAAGCGUAUAGAAUUUAAAAUACUUCUUCUCACUUGGAAAGUGUUAAAUGGUUUGGCACCAAAAUAUCUACAAGACCUUGUCACGCCUUAUGCACCAGCUCGUAGCCUGAGAUCAUCACACCAGCAACUUCUUAAGACUCCCAAGACACGUGUAGCAUAUGGUGCACAAGCUUUCUCUGCCUCAGCACCUUCUCUUUGGAAUAAUUUGCCAUUAAAUUUAAGAAUUAUACAAUCACUGGAGACCUUCAAAUCCAAACUGAAGUUUUAUCUUUUCU